AUGGUUCGAGUUAACGGCUUAAUGUCUCAAUCUCAAGAGGGCGUCAAGACUCCUCAUCGCAUUGAAUUAUGUGAAGAGAAGUUAGUUAGACCAACACGUAGCUACAGAAAGCGCAGAAUUGUUACUGCUUCACCUGUAAAGACUGAAAAUGCUGAAUUGACAGAAACACCAUUAAGAAAGCUACAGUAUCAGAUCUCGUGCUUCCCGAGCAGCUGCCAAAGU